AUGAUCCUCGGUCUGCAUUCGAAUAUAAUGUUUUCAUUUAAGGAGCAAGCCAAUAAAACCUGCCGAGCUUCUCAGUCACCCCAGCAAUUCCUCUACACGCUCUUUAUGCAAAACGUUUUAUACGAAGCGAAGCAAUACGCCUUGACUAAGUGGUCCUAUAUAGUGCGAGCUAAGUCGGAAUUUCUGGACUAUAUUUUCUUCAAAAAAGAUGCUAAGGAGAGUCAUGAGAAUUUGUUAGAUCUCAUGGAGACGGUUACCAAGGAUCUUAUGGUCACCGCGGAUCGCACAGUUUGGCGCUGCGAUCCAAAGGAUCACCAGCUAGGGGUAACCUACGAGAAGGUCACCCGCCUUCUGCAAGGAUACAUCGCUAAUGAGUUUGAUCUAAGCAAGGAACAAACAUGCGAACGCGAAUGCCCUGACUACAAAUUCUCGAAAGAUGAGGGUUACUCCGACAGUCCCUUUUCGUCCAGACACACCAGAUGCUCUGGUAACGUCUAUGACUGCCGUUUUGUGGAGUCCGAUAUGAAGGUGUGUGAGUCGGACUCCACCUCCGAUAGGCGAUACGAGUACAUCCAGUUCGAAAGCGGACUUGUCUACGGCCAGAAGGGCACUUCCCGCGCUGUUACCAAUGUGGAAAGCUGGCAUCGCUGGAUUUUCUACAGAUGCAGCUACUGCCUGUGCUUGUGCGAUGAUAUAAGCCCCAACUCAGAUCGGUUCUUCAGCCUGAGACCUGUGGUAGCUGACGUUGAGCGCAACAGAGUCGUUACGGGGGUGCGAUUCGUAAAGCGCAAUCGAGUUUUCCACCUGCAAAUCCAGGAGGGUGACCUCUUGCCACAAGGAGUAAUUAACCAGACCGAGUGGAAGCCCGUAGACUCAUUUGAUGUUUCCAGCAAGGAUGUGAAAAAGGACGUUGACUUUCACAUGCUAACCUAUGAAAAGCGUUCCAUCGAUCUGGACGAGGUGAAAGUAAAAAACAAAAGCGUGGUUACCGGUCUGCGUUUCCGAGUGGAUGGCACCCAUCUUAAUUUGGAGGUCCAAUUUACUGAAUUUGACUUUGAGAGCGGCCAGUUAAUUGAGCCGACGAAGAAAAGCUUCUGGAAGUCUGGAGGCAGCGAUCAACCAAGGAAUAAAUUGCUCUUAAAGAAUCCAAACGUGUCCACACAAUCCAACUCUUCGGUUCCUCUUUCAAGCGACAACCAGUACAUUGAUUUUACCAAUACCGGAUUCAAAGAGGAUGCUGCUCAGAGCACAGUGCCCUUUAUCGAUAUCCAGGACGUAACUUCGGACCCACCGGUACCUCUCUCGGGGAUCGGUAUAUACUAUAAGGGCCUCGAUGGAUAUGGCGGCUUCCUUGGACCCAAACUCAUCACCUACGACUUCUCGCCCUACGUCAAGAUGCCCACAUGGGCGAUUCAGGGCUCAGCUUCGCAGUCGCCACAGCAAUUCCUUUAUACGUUCUAUAUGCAAAGCCUCCUGUACGAAGCGAAGGAAUACGCCUUGAUUAAGUGGUCCUAUAUGUGGCUAACUAAGUCGAACAGGCGGAAUUACACCUUCUUUGAGGAAGAGGCUAAGACAGACCAUGAACAAAGGUUGGAUCGCAUACAGACGGUGAUGAAGGAUCUUAUAGUCACGGCGGAUCGCACAGUUUGGAGCUGCGAUCCAAAGGAGCACCGGUUGCACGUCACCUACGAAAUGGUCACCCGCUUCCUGCAAGGAUUCGUCGCUAAUGAGGUGAAUCUGAGCACAAAAGGCACAUGUUUCAAUGAAUGCGCGGACUACAAAUCUACUAAAUUUGAGGGUCGCUCGGAAAUAUUUUCCUAUGCCAGGAAUACCGGGUGUGUUGGAAAUGUUCACGACUGCCGCUUUGUGGAGUCCGAUAUGAAGGUGUGUGAGUCGGACUAUACCUCCGAUAGGCGAUUCGAGUACAUCCAGUUCGAAAGCGGACUUGUCUACGGCCAGACGGGCAGUUUCCACGCUGUUACCGAUGUGGAAAGCUGGCAUCGCUGGAUUUUUUGGAGAUGCAGCUACUGCCUGUGCUUGUGCGAUGAUAUAAGCGACAACUCAGAUCGGUUCUUUAGCCUAAGAACUGUGGUAGCCGAUGUGCAGAGCAACAGAGUUGUGACGGGCCUUCGAUUUGUAAAGCACAAUCGCGUUUUGCAUCUGCAAAUCCAGGAGGGCGAACUCUUGCCACAAGGAAUCAUCGAUGCAAGUGUAAAAUGGAAACCAGUGGACAAGUUCGAAGUCUCUGACGAAAAUGUGAAAAAGGACGUCGACUUUCACAUGCUGAGCUUUGAAAAGCGUUUUAUUGAUCUGGACGAGGUGAAAGUGGAAAACCAAUACGUGGUUACAGGGCUGCGAUUCCGAGUAGUUGGAACCCACCUAAACUUGGAAGCCCAAUUCAGUAAGUUUAACUUUGAGAGCGGCCAGUUAAUUGAACCGACGAAGAACAGCUUCUGGAAGUCUGGAGGCAGUGAUCAGCCAAGGAAACAAUUGCACUUAAAGAAUCCCAACGUGUCCACACGAUCCAACUCUUCGGUACCUCUUUCAAGCGACAACCAGUACAUUGAAUUUACCAAUACGGGAUUCAAAGAGGAUGCUGCCCAGAGCACAGUGCCUUUCAUCGAUAUCCAGGACGUAACCUCGGACCCACCGGUACCGCUCUCGGGGAUCGGUAUAUAUUAUAAGGGUCUCGAUGGCAAUGGCGGCUUCCUGGCUCCCAAACUCAUCACCUACGACUUUUCGCCCAAUGUCAAGUUGCCUACAUGGGCGAUUCAGAAUUCGCCUGAUACUAAAUCGUCAUUAUAA